AUGCCGAUCUCUCCAGUUCCCCAUUCCCAAGCCCCAACAACCAUCCGUCUCCCCCAAGAAUACCGCUCCCACGGAAAAGACGGCCCCCCCCCUCCUUUUGCCUGCCAAACAUCUUCCGCUUCGGCGCCCACUACACCGCGCCUGCGCACGUGUUGCCGCCUGCCAGCACACCCCCUCCUCUACGUCUAUCCUGCCACCGGGACUGCACUUAAUGUCGGCCUUUCUCUCUUAUGCACAUGCCCUACGGAUAAUCACACUCAUACCCACUUUUCGCACACGACACCGCCAACCGCCUCCUGCAGCCUCAGGGUUUCCUCAACCCCCGACCAAUUACGCCUACUGCUGCACCAGGCACCGCGUGGCCAAUCUCCUCCACCCACCCGCUUGCUGCGAUUCCACUUGGAUGCCGCUGUGAGACCUCCCACCAGGGCGCUGGAACUGGGGAAACCGCCUGCCAUCGCAGUCAAAGGCCCCGUUGGUCGUCUAUCGCUGCCAAUCGUGCAUCUCUGGCGGCUCUGCUUUACGCGCGGGCUAUCCCAGUCCACCAGCUCCACCUCAGUGCCCGUGCUAGAGUACGCUUUCGGCGCUGCCGCUGAGCCGCAUAUGCACGGCCCAUUCGUCGUGCCUAACUCAAUCUCCGACUUCUCAUGUGCUCACCCUAUUCGCGUCUUCCCAAGCCCAGCCCCCGGUUCCCAAGACAUUGCCAAAGUCCGAUAA